AAUAGCAACCAGUAUCCCCUGUAUAGCAGAUGGUGUCCUUCCUCGCUGCAUGAAAUUAAAUAGUGCCCGUGUAAACAAUAAGGCGCAUGAGUGUUUACUCGAUGUGGAUUCAAGAAAGAUACGUUUUUAAAUUGUGUAACUGCUGUUAUGGGGAAGGACGUAUAAAGCUUUCUGUCCCCUUAAUCAUUGCCAAUAGCCCUACACUUGUAAAGAAAUCGCCAUUAAUAUCAAAUCAACCGAUAGUAUUGAAUAGGUCUUCUAUUACAAUAGAGCGCGCGCGGGUGUCUUGAAAACAAGAGAAGGUUGGAGAGGGCGGAGGAAUCUUCAACGUGGUUUGCCUCCCCCUCAUGACGCAGCUGGUUGCUAGGUGUGAAUGAAGUGAUGCUCUCAAUUAAUCGUCACCCAGUCAUCAAGUUCAUCACAACAAAGAAGCAACAGCCAAGACUCCACUUCUAUCCCGGAUUUUCCGAGGGAGAAAUGGCUUUUUAAAUAUAUAUAAACUCGGACCCUCUCAAGAAUCCGUGCUUUGCUCAUGCAACGCACCCCAAACUCACAUCAAUUUCCUGCAAGAAUGGAGUGUCAUUAUGCUCACCCAGCCCUGCUCACUGUGGCUCAACUCUCAGACCCCUCCUACUCAUAUCGUACCAUCGGACUACUCGGACUGAAUCAAAAGAUCAAUAGACAAAAUGAUGGCAGUUCCUCUCUGGAAGACUCUUCGCGUCUGCCCGGCAGACCCCCUCGCUCUCUCUCACCCACAGGCUAACCCCAGCCAAUCACAGGGGUGCAGGGGGGAGGUGCCAGAGGAGAGCCAGCACUUAAUUGGUGAUGGUCUCACAGACUGGAUGACGGAAGAAGUGGAUUUCUCCUCGUAUCUCCCAAACCCCCACCCCUCUCCCUCCCCCAAUUCCUCCCUCCCCCCCUCACCCCUCCAGCAUGACAUCCAGGUGCCAUCUGACUUGGAGGUCAUGACCUCUCUGCUGCAAGAAGAACUUGCUCAGCUGGAGGACUACUUCCUGUCUGAACCACUGCCAGAAAAAGGGCCAAAACAGGGCAAAUGCGACAAGGGUCCACCACCAAUGGGUCCCCACCAGUCACACUACCAGAUGCCCUAUCACGCGUCAUCAUACUCCACUUCCAACCAAUCGGAACCCAGCCCUUUACUUGUUACCCUGGCAACUGGGGAACUAGACCUGCUGAGCUUUUGUGGAGGUGGGCCUAUUGGGCGAUCAAAAUUGCCAAGACAUGCCCCUUACAGUUGCAGCAGUCGCCCCAACGGGUGUGGUCGCAAAAGAGUUUCAGACGCAGUGAGGGUGGGCGAGGUCUACGAAAACAGCAUAUGGAGUUCCAAAGGUAAUAACUCAGGUAGCCCAGCGGCAACACUAAAUGGCAGUUAUAGUUCAGUAGAAGAUGAGCGGGUUGGGACGAAAGGUUACUGUCUAAGUAGCGCAGUUGAGAUUCGAAGAUGCGCCAUUCUACCCAAGGACGAGAAACAUUUUCGGUUCACCGAAGAGGUUAUAGGUGUUGGAGGCAGCAAAGUCGGUGGUGUUGGUGGUGUGUACAGCAACUAUGGCGGGCAGUUGGAUAUCCCACACAAGAAAGAGGAGCUGUUGUUGUAUGGCAUGAGGGAAGCAAAUGUCAGUUGUUGUGGUGUUGGUGGCGGAGGAGCUAGUACCAGUGAGAUAGACCCAUUAAGUAGUAAUGUCAAGGUUGGCGUAGUUGGAGAGUUGUCUUCCAAGGUGUCGACCAUUCCUUGGAAGACUGAGACCAGUGAAGGUUGUUAUAUCCAGGCAGCAUCCCAGCCAGAGGCCUCCUACCAACACAACUUCCUAGGCUCGGUCAGUGAGCAAGUAAAGGGGGAGGGUGUAGAGAUGGGCCGUCAUCAUCAUGACUUCCACUGUGUCGGGUUCCUAGAGGACCAACAGGGCCCGGAGUGUCUAGCAAUGGAUAGGGAGGCUCUUGACAGACAGGUCCGGAUGGGUUUGAAGGAGGACCCCAGUCUUCUAGUGAAGCCCGAACUAGAAGAAACCCUUCCAGUAGAAGUCUACCGUCAGCCGGAACGCAAGCAGAAGAAGAGAGACCAGAACAAGACUGCAGCUCACAGGUAUCGCCAGCGUAAGAGGGCCGAGCUAGACUGCCUUGAGGAGCAGCUGCAUGGCCUUGAGGGGCGUAACCGGGAGCUUCGGGACAAGGCAGAAUCAGUGGAGCGAGAGAUACAGUAUGUCAAAGACCUACUGAUCGAAGUAUACAAGGCCCGCAGCCAGCGGCUGAAACAACAGGACACAGAUGCCUGAUGAAGAAAAGACGAUGAAGACUUUUCCGCAAGUAGAUUCUAUGGAAAAACAACUGGGAAAUGUUAAAAGUUUUUGAAUGAUUUCAAAAUCAAAUGUUUUUUGUUUGUUUUUGGGGCGCGGGGGAGGUCAGGGUUUGAUUGCAUGUUUUGAUUAUUUGUGUUUCUUUUGUUUUAGUUUUUUACUCAACCAACUAUAUUCUAUACUUCCAAUGUUUUGGCAACUAACACUAACCAUGCAGGCAUGCACUGUGAUGCUGAACUGUCUCAACUGACAAUCAAUUUCUGAACAGGUCUCCUGUGGAAUGGAGAUGGGUUUAAUUUCCACCAGUGAUGUGUUUUAUAUGCUGGUUAGAAAAACAUGAGUCAACCAAGGCCUCACAAAGGUCUUGAUGUCAAUAAUUUAGCUACUGGUUAAAGAUUUGAUCAAAAGACAAUCUUUGUUUAUUUGUGGCAGCUUUGCACUAUUUGUAUAAUCCCAAAUUAUUGCAAUAAUUUUAAGCAAAGUGAAAUGAAUAAGAAUGGAAAAACAGCCUUUAAGGAUGACAUGUGAUUUUACUGAAGGCAUUGUUCCCUCAGUUGCAAAUUGCAAUAUGAUACAAUCAGUUUUGCGGCUCAGGUUAUGCAAUUCAUGCUCAAGUUCUAGAAGUAUGUAAGUCGGAAGUACUGGAUUGGAGAUUGGGCACUGCCCAUUCUAGUUGAUUUAUUUGCAUGGCAAACACUUUCAUAGCUACAAAAAUGAACAAGUUAUGUCUGUCUAGGCUGAAUGAUGCUAUAAAGCUACUGUGCACUGAUUCCUUAGCAGCCUCACAUUGUAUGCUGUCUCUCAGCAAAUCCACCUGUAUGUAGAUGUUUCCUAACUGCUUCUGUUCACGGGAUUAGAUAAUAUAGGAUUUCAGAAAUGAAAGUGGGACCCACUGUCUAUUUACAUCCUGUUAAAAAAAAAAUCAGGUUUUGUGGUUUUAUAUAGCGGGUAUGCUCUUGUCUAAUUUUAAAUAAUUUUUCAAUUCUGUCUUGAAAGAAAGAUGGUAGGUAGUUAUAGUCAGCCUUUGCUUUUUUUCUAAAAACAAAAAUAAACUAUUUUUCACUAGAAUGUUUGUGAUAGCUUUUCAUGUUCUUUACAGCUUUUGUCUACAAGGAUGCAGUGUCAUUUAAUUUAGCUUAUAGCUUUCAUUUUAUAAUUAGGUAAAAUUAUGUUUUUCUAAACAUGGUGAAUCUAUAAGAACAUUUGACAAUAUACCAUUUGAAAAUUUGAAAAAGUCUUAUAUUCAAUAGAUAUUAAUACAAUUGAAUUGUUUGCGUUUUGAAUUAAUCUAUGUUAAAAUGCAAUAACUCUCAAAUAAAUUACUUAUUGUCUUAAUAAAAUGUAAUUAAUUAUCAGUAUCAAUAUCUCAAUAUUUUGGAUGAAUUAGACACUGCAUCUUUUUCAAAUAUGCUCUGUUAUACUGGCGAUAUACAAUCAUGUUUCUGAAUACAGCUUUUAAUGCAAUGUGUAUUAAUGUCAUACAUUUAUAUUUAGCUGAUAUUAUUUCCAAUAUUAACAUCACCCAUUAAAGCAACACGAGAACGUACGACCUAAGUUAUACCAGAUAAAAGAACCAUGUAAUUUUGAAAUAAUUCCAACAUUUCCACUCAAUAAACUUACUGUGUUAUAUGUCAUUCGUUUUAUCCAAAUAAAGUGAUUUGUGUCUGCA